AUGGCUCUUCCCGAGAUAUCAUCAACCGCAUGUAGAUACGUAUGUCUUUAUACCAUUGUUACCACCGAUAUACGCGAGUUCUUGCAACAUGCGAUGCUGUUCCCCGGAAUCCAAUCCGUUCCCGAUUGCACAUCGUUCGCCGGAAUGAGAUUAUGCGAAACGUGGAAUAUAAGACAAAGUGACAAAGUUAACACUCACGUCAUGAAUAAUACUAAUUGUUCUAAACAAUUAAAAUUUGGCGUGGACCGCAUAUUAUCAAACGACAUUUGUUCCAAGAAAACAGAUAUUCUUAAGCCUCUUCCGAUACAAUUACCGCCAGUACGUUGUCCAUGCAUCGACAGUUGCGGGCGAUGCAACACACACAGUCAGAGUGUCAGAGCUAACAUUUCAUUUCCCCAUGGUCAUCCGUCAUUAGCUGAGGGCGUUGCACCUGCACUAUACACCAGCAUAAUUGACACCCUAGGAACUUUAUAUCGGCCCGCACCGUUACGCCCGGUUCCGAGGGCACCUAUUUCAUCUUCGCCGACGAUGAACCCCUCAGAAACAAACACACGAAGAAAGAGAUCGUGGUCCAGAGCUGUGUUCAGUUCGCUGCAGCGGAAGGGUUUGGAAAGGAGAUUCUCUUUACAAAAGUACAUCACGAAACCAGACAGGCGACAAUUGGCGGCGACUUUGGGCCUGACAGAUGCACAGGUCAAGGUUUGGUUUCAAAAUCGUCGGAUGAAGUGGCGGCACAUGAAAGAAAGCGAGAACGCUGCCUUGGCCGGUCCAGACUCCACGCAAAAGGAUUUCCCUCAGAAGUUAGUCAAAUCCAUCAGCAAUGACAUGACACAACGAGACGACGAAGAAGAUGUAGAAAUAGACGUUGAUUUAUGAAACUAUACGUGGCGAGCGAAAAUUUUAUUUAAAGAUUUAUCGAAAGAUCAAAAAUUAAAAGGGUUGUUACCAUAACAACAAUAUUGUGUGCGAUUCUCGCAUCGAGUCAAGUUGCACGACAAUUCCAUCGACCGAGUGCCGGGUACCGCGAGUGACCUGAUUCUAUGCCCGAACCUGUCGCUCUUGCACUGAAAUCGCUCGCUAGAACCCAGUGAACUCAUUUUGUAAAGAAAGUGAUAUCUCGCUGUGACUCUCCACGCAAAAUUCACGUUUCGAUUAACGAUCAACUCAUUGUGAUUCAUUGUUCCACACACAGUGAUCCAGUGCGGCAAUCGAGCAUCGAAAUCGGUAUCGUGUUCGCGCUCGUCCAACUGCCAAGGGCAUCAAGAUCUCCAUUCUUCGCGAGCAAGAUUUCCGUCCGAAUUUAUAGGGUCGAAUGCACCCUUCACGUUAGACGAACCGCCCACUGGCUCCGUGGUUUGUACCAAAAUUGAUCAAUAAAUUUUUGUUUAUUUUUUUAUUCUCCAAAAUUGAGUUUAUCAAUUUACAAAACUUCCCAGCGAUUUUGAAGAAUUGCGCCAUCCACGUAACUCGAUCCUUUCAGAGCGUGCGAUAUAUCGGGCCCUCCGUUACUCCGAGAGCGUUCCCCGAACACAGACAUAUUUUCAUACGUCUAUAUCUCCCAGACUGGGACGCAUACUGCCAUGUGAAGUUUAACUAUACACGAGCACGUCUCAGGAUCGCAUAUAAGUCCAGUGCAAGGAUUUCUACGUGUAGAAUUUAUACAUGCUUCAUAUUCUUCACAUUGAAAAUCAUCUGAACCGUGACAAAUGUUACAUGAUGUAUAAAUGUACAAGGUCUCAUAACUCCUUACUUAGAAUGAUCUCGCAAAUCGUCGCACGCUUUCUGGUAUCACUGAUGUGAGUGGAGAGGGUGAGGCCAGAAAGCGUGCGAUAUAAGUCCAAAUUAUACGCCAUUAACGGGGAGAUAAAGAGUUAUGAGACACCCUGUAUACUAAUUAUAUAAUAACCAUGCAAUAUCUGAGAAAUUACAUUUUAUAUUAA